CGCCCACCAUGUGCAUAUUACGUAAUUACGCACGACGCGAUCGACGUUCACGCGCUCAAGAAGGAAACUUCAGUGUCCUCCGCGCGCACCUCCUCCACCACGGUCAAAGCAGUUUGGCUAGCUAUCAUUUUAGGGUCUGUCAAGAUGGUUGUUCUUUCUAAAGAGUAUGGAUACGUGGUUCUGACGGGCUUCGCCAGCAUGAUCAUGGUGGGACACCUGGCUGUUAAAGUGGGCAAAGCCCGGAAGAAGUACAAAGUCCCGUAUCCCAAGAUGUACAGCGAUGACCCGGAAACUGGGGUCAUCUUCAACUGCAUCCAGCGUUCACACCAGAACACCCUGGAGCUUUACCCCCCCUUCCUGUUCUGCCUGGCUGUGGGCGGCUUGUAUUGUCCCCGUGGUAUUAGCGGAUUAGGACUUGUGUGGAUUGUAAGCAGAGAAGUUUACGCCCAUGGCUACUCUUCAGGAGACCCCAAGAAAAGGAUGAGGGGGAUGUUCGGGACCUGGGCUUUACUGGGAAUGAUGAUGACCACUCUCAGCUUCGGGUGCCACCUGCUGGGAUACAACACGCCGCGGUUCGGGCGCUUCCGUCAGCUGCAGGCGUAAAAUGAAAUGCACUAUUUUGCUCCAAUAGCAUCAUUAAUCAACUACACUUUUACUUUUGUACGCCCUAUGAAUGUUUGAGCAGAGAUUGUGCAUGUUUAGUUUUAGUUGGGUGAGCCGACCGGUUCCUAACAAAAAAGAAAGAAAGAAUGGCCUGUUUAGAGAUCUGCAGGGGAUGUGGCCACAUUUCUCUAAAAUGUGCAGACAAUAUGUUGACUUGUCUUUAAGCUGAACUUCAAUUUUGUGCAUAAAAGCAACUGAAAUGUAAUUUUUUUCAAUUAAAAACCUCCAUCUUC